GGGGACGCCUACCCACUGGGGGCUCUGCCUGUGGGCACGCUGAUCUGCAACCUGGAGAGCCACCCUGGGAAGGGAGCGCAGUACAUCCGGGCAGCUGGGACUUGUGGGGUGCUACUGAGGAAGGUGAAUGGGACAGCCAUCGUGCAGCUGCCCUCCAAGAGGCAUAUGCAGGUGCUGGAGACCUGUGUGGCUACGGUGGGCCGGGUGUCCCAUGUUGACCACAGUAAGCGAGGGAUUGGGAAGGCGGGCCGGAACCUGCCACACACGGGCUUGUGGCAUCGCAAGGGUGGCUGGGCUGGGCGCAAGAUCAAGCCUCUUCCGCCCAUGAAGAGCUAUGUCAACCUGCCACGGGUCACAGCACAGGAGUGA